AUUUGGCCUCCCUCUAUUAACACUCAGAAGAAAAAGUGUCAACAUUUUUUCACUCUGAAACUUCAAGCCCCCAAAAACAGAGGAGGAAUCAGCAAUGGGGUUGCCUGGUCAUGUCAAUGGCGGCAGCAAACUUAAGGAAGACAAUGCAGGUGAAGAGAGUUCGGUGGCUGGCGACUGUUCGACACCAAAAGGUCAAAAGUUUAGGGUACCAGAGAUGUUGUCAUGUCCACCGGCACCAAUGAAACCCCAGUUUUGUUCCAACAGGAAGAAGAGUUCUCAAAUUGCUUUCUAUGCUCCUCCUGAGAUAGAGCUCUUCUUCUACUCUGCAUUUCGUAAUCAUUUCACUUAAUUUGUUGUUCUCAGAAGUGACCACUAGAUACAUUGGGAUUCAAUUCAUUUCUCUUUCCAAACCCAUCUAAUUGAUUGUAUCUUCCUCUUCUUCCUUUUUUUUUAUUUUUUUUUUUAUUUUAAGCGUGUAAUACAAGCUGAUAUUACAU